AAGUGUAAAAUGACCAUAGUACCCUCAGGUUUUAAAUGGGACAAGAUGAUGUCCACGGGUACAGUUUUAUGAUAGCACGUUGAAGUUUGAACACAGUGUUCCCCUCUUCUCUUUCCUCUCCAAUCUCUUGAUUGAUUCUGAGUUCGAAAGCCCUGAAAACCAAAUUGAGAUUUGCAAGUUUUUUCCUGUGAUAUCGAAAUCUCUCCAUUCGUUCAAAUUCAGAGGAGAGAGAGGGGAUAGUUAGAGUGGAAAAAAAUAAUAAUGGGGUUCUUCGUUACAACCCUAAUUUUCGCGGUGAUUGGUGUCAUUGCUUCUCUUUGUACCAGAAUCUGCUUCAAUCGAGGCCCUUCUACAAAUUUGUUCCACCUAACAUUAGUUAUUACAGCAACAGUUUGCUGUUGGAUGAUGUGGGCUAUUGUAUAUCUUGCGCAGAUGAAGCCCCUUAUUAACCCUAUAUUGAAUGAAGCGGAGUAAAUUUGGGCACCGGGAUGAUAAUUAGAAGUUCUUCUCUAGAUACCAAAUGUUAUCGUUUUGAAAAUUUCCAGAGGAACUCGUAUCCAGAGCCAUGUGAUGGCAGCGAUUUCACAUGUGGAUUUGUAUGUAAUUUUACUAUUGCAGAGAACACUGAAAUUCCUUUUUUUUAUUAUUAUUAUUCCCUUGUAUUUUAUCCACCAAACUUCUUUGCAUUGAUGAAUCUUCUUUGUGGAUGAAAUAAUAAUAACUUGGUGGAACACAACAA